AUGGACUCGCAAGCUGAGAGCCUCGCGACCCUGACGCGGCAAUUGACCGGCGGUAUCAGCGCUGAAUUGGAGAUUGCUGAUCUAGAUGACUACACGAAUACCCCUUUUGACGAUCAAACAGGACAAAUUGACCAUGUGCUAUCGGGAUUUGACUCAGACAUUGAAAUCGCAAAAGAAAGAAACGCUCAGAAAGACCUCAAGAUAAACGAGUUAAGGGAGAAGAAACUAAGAGAAGUUCAGCAGACUAUGCACAGUGAUGAGAAGUUGAGCAUAGAAGGUAUAAAACCUUUGACAAAGUCGGAGGAGAACAAGAUCCUGGCCGACUGUUGGCAAACCUUUGGGCGGGAGCGACAGAGCAAUUGGCAUUGCCUGACCAAGGAAGGAAGAAACUUCCUGCAUCAUCUCGCAUAUCAGCCAUGGGUCCGCGACAGCAGGCCCUGUCCAGCAUGGGUUGUGACGGCUGCGGUAUCAGAACGACCAGAUUUAAUGGAUGCCACUGAUCUCAAGGGCCGCACACCGUUGACAGCGGCAAUUGCCGAGAACAACGUACGGUUCUGUCUGGCAGUCUUCACACAGAAAACGGGAAAACUUGAGGAGUUGGGAAAGUACUUACGAAGAGAGUGCACCGUACGGGAAUCGUCUAAUAUCAGCGACUCCGAGCUCACAUGUUUGCACGCCGCUUUGACGCCGCGUCAUUUCUCCAAUCAAAAUGGAUCGCACCGAGCGAAGAUUCUACUGAAUCUUAUCAGUAUGGCCCCACGAGAAAUGUUCACCGUUACAGACUCUCAUGGACGCACGCCUCUCCACUUGGCCCUAGACUUUGAUUGUUCUAGCUUACCCUCCCAAGUGAAUAUCGUCAAGAUGCUGUUACAACGUGGACCAGAAGCCUUGAGUAUUGCAAAGAAGCUUGACUCAGGUAGGAGGAUUUCUGUCUAUCAGUAUCACGAAGAGUCAAGAAAGAAAGCCGAGUACAGGUACAAGGAAAGGCAGAAUGAGUUGAAGGAGCAGGAAGACAAGCAAAAUGAGGAACGGUUUCGGGCACCGCAGCAAAGAUCCAACACCCAAGGGAACUCUCAAAUCAGCGUGCCUGGAAAGGAACCGGAAAUGCCGAAGACUCGCGAGACUGACAUUUCCGGCGGCUCCAAGAAAGCAGAUACGUUACCCGACCGCUCCACGAGGCCACCGCGAGCACCGGACCUAAACAAGCCUCUCGCGAAUGUCUCGUCAAGGCGAGACUCUGGCUCAAAAUUUGAGACGUAUUCAUUACCAGAGGCUCUACCAAAAACAACAAAUGAAAUCCCAGCCUAUGCCAAAAGACGAGAAUCGGAGGAAAAAGAGCACCGCGAACGACAGGCUGCUUCGGAUGAGAUCCUCCACCAUCUUAGACUACUAUGCCUCAGAACACAAGAUCCGGAUAAAGCCUCCCAAUUUCUUAGAAAGCUUGAAGGAAACGAUGACAAAGUAUUGUGGUUUGACUUCGGCCCAAGAAAGAAAAUGUCCGAACCAGAAUUCAAAAAAGUGUUCGACCACCUCGGGUUUGAGUCCGUCCUUCAAUACGUAGCAUUUCCUCAGAUUGAUGUGAAAACAAUCGAGGAGAGCGGGCACACGGAAGGUCGAACUGAGUGGAUCCCUGAUCCAGUAGUCAUUUUCUUCGACUGGCUUAGGCACAAGAAACGAGGGGUUAAGAAGAUAAUUAGAGUCAUAGUAGAUGACUUUGAGGACCACGAAGCCUCGCAUAAUUCUCACAGUGAUGAAGGUAUAGAACAAGCACUCGACGGCUUUGGCACGCAGUUGAGCAAGAGAACAGAAGAAAAUUUGCACAGUUUUAAGCAACGACUCGAGAAGUCAUGGUCUCAAGCUUUGCCAGCUGGGAUGCAUCGACUGCCAAUCAUUGAGAUUGAUGCGAGCCUCCCGGCCCAUCUGGGACAUACCUUAGCUCAUCGGAGAGGACUUCAGCGCGGGGACGUACACCCCUCUCCGUUCAGCAGCCAUAACAUCAACCCUCACAGGUGGAUGGAGUGCAUGAAGAGGUUCAGCGAGGAGUUCCGGCAGAUUGUUGGGAAGUUGAGAAACAUGAAAAGACCUGUUGAUUCAAUUAUCCCAGGCCCUGUGGUUGUCGCGCUGAUCGAUGAUGGUACCGAUAAAGACCAUAGCGACCUCAGCUUUAACAGGCCCUUUAGGGGCACAAGCUUCGAACAGUACCAACAGGGAUCUCGAUACCGAGGUGUCUCGCCGUGGUGGCAUUCUUCAAGUGGCCACGGUACACUUAUGGCCCGUCUUAUUGCUGGGAUCUGCCCAAGCGCUGUCAUUCACAUCAUCAAACUCCGAACGUUUGCGGCACAGGAUUCCGAAAAGCUCCAAAUCGACACGAAGAGUGCCAUUGAAGCCAUUAAGUAUGCGACAGAGUUGGGUGCGCAAAUCAUCUCCAUGUCGUGGACGGUCAAGCCGCCUGAGGAGGACGACACCAGCUUCAGAAACGCUCUCCACUCAGCCCUCACUGACCCCCAGGGGAUCUCUAUGUUCUGUGCAGCAUCGGAUCAGGGCAAGUUUGCCGACCGCACGUUCCCGCAUGCAGGGAACCAGGGCAGCUUCCGCAUCGGCGGGGCCACGGCGACGGGCAAGACGCUGGACACGGUGGGCGACAAGGACAAACUGGACUUUGUGUUCCCAGGCCACGAGGUAGUGAUCGACCACUGGUACGAGGAUGUGGACCGCAAAACGUUAGAUGAGUUCGACGCGCACUCGGGCUCGUCCGUGGCCACGGCGCUGGCGGCGGGGCUCGCGGCCCUCAUCAUCGAAUGCGUGCGGCUGGGUGUCGUGCACACCAACGAAAACCCCGAGAAGCAGAAUGAUCCUGACAUCGCUGUCACGGCCAAUGACCUGGCGCAGAUUCGGAAACCACAGGCACUAAAGCAGGCGAUGCUGUCCAUUGGCACUGACAUGAACACGGGCCAUAAGUACCUAGAGGUGUGGCGGCUAUUCGAGGCGAAGACUACAAGACUAAACGAACACAGACGGAAUGCGGACUUUUUGGGCCAAAUGGAGACAAUUGCUGGCCUGGCGAGACACUUUCUGAAGAGAUGA